UCUUCUUUGCAUACUUUCUCUUUCCAACGGCCCGCCACGUUGAAUCUUUUCUCCUCGCACUCAUCUCACCUAACUCCUAGUCACCUUCCACCUCCUGGUCUCCUUCCGUCAACGAGAGUCGCGGGCGCAAUCGUCUUCUUUUUGCCGACUGGGCACUCUUCUGUCCGUGACCCCCUCAUUACUCCCUCGUCUCGUCGUCUCUCCUUGCCGCGGCGCCGUCUCCCUCGUCGCCGCUCUCCGCUAGACACGGCAUGUCCAGCUCGCCGGCUCCCCAAUUCAGUUGCGCGCGCGGGCCAGUCGAUCCAGGUCGCCGACGCUAGGAGGCCAGCGCAUGGUCCUCCUCUCCUCCUCCUCGCCUCCGUCGAAGCAGAAGAACUCCUCCCCUGUCCGGCCUCGGCCAUGGAACACGCCCGCACCACAAGCAUCACCCGUUCUGAGCGCUCGGUGCAGCUGCUCGAGAUCCAAGGCUUCAGCACGACGGCGAGCAUGGACAGCGACGAUUUCAUCACAUCAAGAUGGAAGGUCGGCGGGUUCGAGUGGCAGCUCCGCGUCUACCCUUCAGGCCAGCCGUGCCGAAACCAUGCCAGCCCGUGGGUAGCACUGGGGCUUGUCCUCCUCCACGAAACCGUCGGUGUCAGGGCGAGCCUAGGUUGUCAGUUGGUAGAUCAGCGUGGAAAGAUCAACCCAUCUGAAGAAAAGAGGAUGUCAAGAAUAUUCUAUGAUGCCCACGACGACUCUGAUCUAGUGCCGCUCAUGGCUCGACACGAUGUAGUAAAAUCAGGGUAUCUCAAGGAUGAUACUUUGACCCUGCGAUGCACCAUCACUGUGCUCAAAGAUAUACAGAUACCCAGGAUCCCAGCCGAAGGAGUCAUCGCACUGCCAUCCACCAACUUGCACCAACACCUCGGCACGCUCCUCCAGAGCGAGACCGGAGCCGAUGUCACCUUCAUCGUCUGCGGCGAGUCGUUCGCCGCGCACAAGGACAUACUCGCCGCGCGCUCGCCGGUUUUCAAGGCCCAGUUCUUCGGGGACAUGAAGGAGAAGUGCUCGGUGCGCGUGGAGGUCGAGGACAUGGAGGCGGCAGCAUUCAGGGCCAUGCUGCACUUCAUCUUAUCGGACACGGCGCCUGAGCUUGAUCAACCGCUCGAGGAGGGGACGGCCAUGGCUCAGCAUCUUCUUGCGGCCUCCGACAGGUACGAACUAGACAGGCUCAAGCUAAUUUGCGAAAUAAAGCUCUCUGGUGGCAUUAACGUCGAGACAGCAGCGACAACUCUUGCUCUGGCAGAGCAGCACAACUGCUCGAAGCUCAAGGACAAAUGUAUUGAGUUCAUCGUGAGCACUCCUGCGGUUCUUGGCGCUGUGUUGGCGACAGAGGGCUAUAAGCACCUCGAGGCAAGCUGCCCUUUGGUCCUGACCGAGCUUCUCAAGUCUGUCCACCUGAGGAAGAGUUGAAGGGUUGCUAUAGUGCUACUGUGCUAGUCUGCUAGACUUUCAAGAUUUGAUAAUGCAGAGUCAAUAAACUUUUGUGAACUUACCUAAAAUGCAGUACUUAUAUAUGUAUGUUAUGUGCUACUUAAUGAUUUUAAUUUUCCCUCCAGUUUGGUUGUAUUUUAGUGCUUGUCAAUGUUGACACAACAUGACACACAGUUCUGGUGCUGUGUAUUCUUGGAGUUCU